AUGUGCAAUAGUCAAAAAAAAGAUCUAAGAGUUAAAGCAGAACAUGAAGCACAAGAACAAAAACUUCUUAAAAUAAAGGAAAAACAAAUUAUAUCAAACUGCCAAGUUAGAUAUCAGCCAGAAGAUACCUCUAACAGUGAAGAGUCUUCAAAUAUGAUAAAUGAAGAUAUUAGUUCAACAGAUGGUGAAACAUCAGAUAAUGAGACAUGCAAUUUUUUGCCUCUUCCUCAGCUUGAAAAUCUUCAGUUCCUUGUCAAGCAGCUACCCAAAGAUUUUCAUAAUGCAAAAUUAUCUUUGUUUUAUUCUGGUGAAGAUUUGUCAUUCUUUUCUGAUGAUGACAAUAAAAACAAUAAUAUAAGAAGUGAUAAAGAUUAUGAAACUGAAGAAGAGAGUGAAGAAGAGGAUGUAAUAAAUUUUGAUGCAUCUGAU